AUAGCAAAUUUUUUUAACUAUAUUAUAAGAAUAUAAUAAGAAAAAGAAAGAACCAAUAAAAUUUCAAAAUGAAAAAUUUAAAUAUUUUCUUGUUAAUUUUUACAAUUUUAAUGGUGAAUUAUUGUAAAUCGACAAAUUCAUUUAUACGUAGACAAAUUUUGGCAAAUUACAAAAAUAAUAAUGAAAUUUUAAAUGAUCCUGUGGAGAUAAAAUGUGAAUAUUUAAAUAAUAUAAAAACAAAUAAUAGUAUAAUUGAAACAAAAUAUAAAUUAAAAAUUAUUGGCAAAAUUGUUUAUUUAAAAAAUGUACCAUUUAAAAAUCAUUGUAAUGGAAGUAUUGUUAUUGUGGAAAUUUUUGCAACUGAAAAAAUUAUAAUUGAUAGAAAUUUUAAUGCAAAAGGUAAAAAUAUGGUAUUUAUACUUGCCGCGCCAAUAUGGUAUGUAAAGGGGAGAAAAGUUAUAAAUUUAAAUGGAUAUAAUGGAAAAAAACGUAGAAAAUCAAUGGCAAAUAAUGGUAAUUAUUUAAAAAAUAUUAAUGGAAAACAUGGAAAAGAGGGAUUUCCAGGUGGACCUGGUGGGCAAUUUCAUGGUAUUGCUGGUUAUAUUAUUAAUCAAAAUAAUCUUAUUAUUAAUUUUAAUGGUGGUAAUGGUAGUAAUGGACAAAUUGGUGGCAAUGGUGGUAAAGGAAAAAAUGGCACAGAAUUUCAUUUUAAUGUGAAAAAAAUUCAUAACAAUGGUUAUGUACCAGGAUUUAAAGUUGUUGUCGAUAGUAUUGAAAAAGUAUUUGUCAAUGGUGAUUUAUUUUAUUAUAUCCUAGAGGAUGUUAUUGGUAAAGAAGCAAGUAAUGGUGGUAAUGGUGGUAAUGGUGGACCUGGUGGUGAAGGUGGUUUACCAGGUCAUUAUUUUUUGUAUAAUUUAAAUAAUUCUACAUGUAAUAGUAGAGAUGUAUUAAGAUUUAUUGACACUGAAAAUGGCAAAAAUGGUGUAGAUGGUGUUUAUGGUUUUGGUGGUUAUGGUGGUGAGAGUGGUAGACCUGGAAAAAAUGUUUCUCUAUUGUUACGUAUUAAUUAUAAAAAAAAAAUUGAAAUUCUAAGAAACAUAACAUUUGAACAUGAUCAAUUUUUAACUAAAGGUCACAAUGGAAUUAGUGGACAAAAUAUUAAUAGAAAAUUAAAACCAAAGAAACUUCAUCCAUUGCAAAUAUUUGAUACUACGGAAUAUUUAUAUAAAAAUUUUCUUAGAUCACACAUUGAAAAAUUUAACGCUAACAGUAGAAUUGAUCCAUGGACACGGCAAUUGCAACAAAUAUUAUUGAAUUGUCCUUAUUAUCGACGAAAACAAAAUUCAACUCAAAUGUUCAAUAUAAAUUAAUUUUAUAUUAUUUAUUUAAUUUAUAUUUUUUAGGGUCAAAAAUAGAAAGAAACUACUACUAUUUAAAGUUUAGUUAAUUAAUUAUAAUUUUUAUGUCCUAUUUGCAAAAUGAUUAGUUUUAAUAAUUUUUAUUAUCUCAUUUUAUAAAUAAAGAGGGAAUGAUAAUAAUUUA